CAUUCUUUCAAACAUCAGAUCUUCAAAUUUCCCCUAAAUUUUUCCUAUUUUUUUGAAGUAGAAACGAAGAAGAAGAAGAAGAAAGAAGAAAGAAGAAUUCAAUUCGAUGGAACAUCAACAGCUUGUUGAAACAACAUCGAAUUAUCCUUCUUCUUCUUCUUCUUCUUCUUCAAUGAAAUCCAAUGAUGUGAAAUCGUUCAAAUUUCCAUUGACGAUUUGGGAGAUGAUGGGUGCAUCGGGAGUCGUUUUCGGUUUUGCCGUUGGUUUCAUCGGAGUUUACCUUUCCUUGCCGGACUCCGAUUACAGCUUCCUUAAGCUUCCCAGAACCCUUGAAGAUCUUCGUCUCCUCCGGGAUGAUCUUGAGCAAUACACAAGUGAUUACACGAUACAAGUGCUUCUUGCUUAUUGCACAGUCUAUAUCUUCAUGCAAACUUUUAUGAUUCCGGGAAGCGUUUUCAUGUCGUUGCUUGCCGGAUCUCUUUUCGGUGUUCUAAAAGGCGUAGCCAUCGUUGUUUUUGCCGCCACCGCCGGCGCAUCUUCUUGCUACUUCCUAUCGAACUUGAUCGGCCGCCCCCUGAUCUUGUCUCUAUGUCCCGAAAAACUGGUUUUCUUCCAAAAUCAGGUGGCGAAAAGGGAAAGCCGACUGUUGAACUACAUGCUUUUCCUGCGAGUGACCCCGACCUUGCCAAACACGUUCAUUAAUGUUGCUUCACCAAUCGUAAACGUGCCUUAUCAUACCUUCUUCUUGGCAACUUCCAUCGGGGUUGUCCCGGUCGCUUAUGUCGCUGUCAGGGCUGGAACGACACUCGGUGAACUACGAUCGGUCGGAGAUCUAUACGACAUACAAUCAAUAGGCAUCUUGUUUUUCGUAGGGCUUGCAUCUGUGAUUCCAACGUUGAUAAGCAACAAGACCAAAUCAUAGCGUUCUUUUUGAUUUUAGAUGUUACCACUUUUUGCAUCAUAGGGAUUUUUUGUGUUGGACUAUUUGAAUGAAUUCACUUUUUUUU